CAAAAAGAGGUGCGGUUGAGACCCUGUCGUCCAAGCUGAUUACUUAUCAUGGACUAUCUAAGUUGGUCUAACUGGUUUAAUGAAUAACAGGAUAAUACACAUUCUGUGCGUUUCCUAUCUGUAGAUAGGUUACUUAUUAAGUAGUGGAAUAAGAGCAAAACAGUCCUUUGCCGAUUCGUCCUUACCCUUUUUCGUUGUCCAUAUAUACGGAUACCUGUUCAUAAGGUAACGUCAUCAUCAGAUCGCCAUGGCCAUGUCUGUCCGUGACGUCAUCUUCGUCUUCUUGUUACUUCUGUCCUCUGAGCUACAAGUUCAAGGAAUGGACAGUAAAACCACGACAAAGGAAGGCUUCAACAUUCUUAUCAUCAACCAACUUCCACACAGCACGUGGCUGACCCUCCGGCUGCUGGGACGUGCCCUGGCCGACAGGGGGCAUUCCGUCACUAUGAUGAUGCCUGACGACGUCUUCAAGCACCUCAUCAGCACACCUGUACAAGACAAGGUCAAGUACGAAGGCGCUCCUUGCGAGCCGGGGACGUUGGCAGCAGGACGUGCUUUCGAAGGUCACUACUGGGAAGGAGAAUACACCAACUUGUUGGCGGCGGUCGAAAACUACCUAGCCGCGGGCAGCAAAAGUUGUGAAGCACUACUCCUUCAUUUGGACCAACAAGCCGCCAAAGGUCUCAAGUAUGACGUUGUGUUGUCGACCGCUCCUGAUUUUCCCUGUGGUCCCGUGUUGGCGCGUUAUUUCGGCUUACCGUCCGCCAUUGUGUAUGUGCCUUCUUCCUCACUACUCUUCGGCUCCGGUAACCCCUUCCCUCUGGCGUACUGGCCCGUCAUGCCCAGCGGAUUCUUAACGGAAAUGACCUUCAAGGAGAAAAUACAGAACGUACUUUAUUACUUAGGAGCGAGGUACUAUCAUGGUGUAGAAUGUUCCGCUUUUGACUUCAUCGUGCACAAAUACUUUUGAAACGACACCAACACAGAGGAGCUUCUGUACAACACGGACCUGUGGCUGUCUGUGGCAGACUUCACUGUAGAGUUCGCCAGGCCGACCAUGCCCAAUGUCGUCAACAUAGCAGGCUACAAUUCUGUUGAUCCCAAGCCUCUUCCUAAGGACCUAGAAGAUUUCAUGCAAAGUUCUGGAGAUGCAGGAGUGAUUCUCUUCAGUUUGGGCUCCACCACCGCCGGCAUGCCGGAGAGAAUUGAACAAGUCAUUCUGAACGCCUUCGCACAAGUUCCCCAGAAGGUAAUCUGGAAGCUUGCGCCAGACAUCGACCCGAGCAGUGUAAAAUUUCCUCCCAACGUCAAGCCGAUGAGCUGGGUGCCACAGGUCGACCUGCUGGCUCACAAGAAGAUGAAACUGUUCGUCACACACGGAGGAACUAACGGUGUGUACGAGUCCGUCAACCACGGGGUGCCGAUGGUGUCUCUCCCGCUCGCAGUGGAUCAUCAUGACAACGUGGCCCGCGUGGUGGGACGAGGGUUGGGCGUCAGACUUGACAUCUUCACCAUGACGACAGAGGAACUGCUUCAAGCAAUCAACCACGUGUUAUCAACAAAAAGCUACCAGGAGAACGUGGACCGCGCCGCCCGGAUCCUGAGUGACCAGCUCACCAAGCCCAUGGACCGCGCCAUGUGGUGGAUAGAGCACCUCAUCAGGCAUGGCGGACUGCCUCAUCUGCGCACGCGCGCACACAAGAUCCCCUUUCACGAGUAUUUUCUGCUCGACGUCAUAGCUUUAUUUGUAGCAGUUCUAGCUGUGGUGGUGGGUGGGGUAGUGUGCGUCUGUCGUCUGGCUUUUAGGAAAAAGAGAGGGCAACAAGGACAGAAGGUGAAGAAAGACAAUUGAUUAAUAACUUCAUGAGCCUGAACUUUUAUCUAACUGUAGCAUAUUCUUUUUAUUGUUAUAUGAUACAAAGGAAUAUGCAUCCAACGGUGUAUAAUUCAUUUCCCGUACUAUGGGACUAUUUCUGGUGAGGAAACAAAGUUCAAGCUGCUGAUGUUCUGAAAUGAAAUAGCAUUUUCAUGUUAUUAAUUGUCUUGCAUAUGAUAAUUUUCUAUCUGAUAAACAGACAAUACCAGUGAAGUGUUAUGCUAUGGUACAGUGUAUGCGUUGCAAACCCAAAACUUCGGUUGGUGAUUAGUUGCUUUGAAAAGCUCAACGAAUUAUUCAAUAUACUGUACGAGAAGAGAGUGUUUUAAAACAUCCAGCUCUGUAAAAGAUUUUUAUCAUUUAUCAUUAUAUGUAUUUUGCAUUUUAAUGUACAACGGAACUGUUUAUGGUUUUGUAUGAUUCUUUCCAGCUCACUCACGCAAUUUGCAAAGCCAUACGUGAAUUAUGUAAUGCACAUUGUGAUCGCAAGAGGUCUCCCCAAUCCAGAAAGGUGUUCGAAAAUACAUGAACUGAUGAAUAAAGAUUUGGGGAAUG